AAAAGAUCGGCUGGAACUGUUUCAGAAGUGACCGGAAGGUCUGAGCAGGAUGAAUUGCUGAUGGCAUUUGAGGAACUUGCCAACGCUCCCGAAAGCAACGAAGACGAGGACGUUGCAUCAAAUGAUUGGAAUGACGCAGACAUGGACAACUCUGUGUGUGGAUCAGAGGACCUGUUUCCCGGGUACAAUUCAGGAGGCAGUGCAGAGAAAGAUGGGACCCACAUGAGUACGGCAGUGACUGAGGUAGAUUUUAGAGCAGGGGAAGAGGUGUCGCCAUCAAAGUCAAGUUCAGAUUCUGGAUGUGGGUCAGAGGUCAUGGAGGACCAAUCAGGUGAACCCGAAGCCAAGCGGCUGAAGAAGUGCUGGCCCAUCUUUUCCUCAUCUCCAAGGCCGAGGUCCCGCCUCUUCAACAAAAGUUCCCCACGCUCCAGUCCACGGAUUACCGGGAAACUGAAACUGCCCAAGAAAUCAAAGGAGCCACAGGGCAUGGAGCAACUUAUCAUUGACGCUGGACAGAAGAAGAUCGGUGCGAUCGUGUGUGAGACCUGUGGGAUGUUGUACACCGUGGGACACGCUGAUGAUGAAGCAGCUCACCAGAAAUAUCACCACAAGUUCCUCAACUCUGUCAGGUUUGAGGGUUGGAAGAAGGAGCAUGUUUUAGCCACAUUUCACGAUGGACGCAUCAUCAUGGUCUUGCCAGACGACCCCAAGUAUGCUAUCAAGAAGGCUGAAGAGGUGCGAGUGCUGGUUGAUAAUGAGUUGGGUUUUAUCAAAGGUUACUCAACAACCCGCUCCAACUGUAAGACGCUGCUGUUUAUUUCCAAUGACAAGAGAGUGGUGGGAUGUGUGAUUGCAGAGGAAAUCUCAAAGGCAUACCGAGUCCUGCCCAGUGACAGCCAGCCCAGCCCGCUGCCCCCCUCCCCCGCGCGUGCGUGGUGCUGUGACACCAGGCCGGUCGCUGCGGUCUGCGGGAUCAGCCGGGUCUGGACGUUCCGCCUGUGGAGGAAGAGGAAAGUCGCAAGCAGACUGGUGGACACACUAAGGUCCCACUUUGCGUUUGGCUGCAUUCUGUCCAAGGAUGAUGUGGCAUUCUCCGACCCCACACCGGAUGGCCGGAAGUUUGCGGAAAGUUACUGUGGAACGGCAGCUUUCCUGUGCUACAAGUAGUACUUUGUACUAGUAUGUACUACUUAUAGAACAGGGAGAAUACCAUCUGGGGCCAGACACUUUGUUUAUGACUCUGAAGUCACCAUCAUCUACACCUUAGUGAUGGUUCGGACACAGAUUCUCUUGUCAACCACCUUUACUCGUACUUUCCAGCUCUUGAUAAAAAUUGUACAUUGCACCACUGUAAUGGUUUUUAAAGGUAGAAUUGCAUAUAUUUAGGUUGAAAAAUUUUAAUUAAUGGUCCAGAAAUUGACAUUAGUCGCCCAAUACUUAAUUCAAGGAAUUGAUGAUCAAUCGAAAUUCAGUGUUCAGAUCACUGAAAGGCACAUUGUGCAACUUUGAAAUAAUUAACAUGUAAUAGUUGCGUUGCCAUUUCUUAUCAGUGUAAUGCAUUAUUAGGAUUUAUGUUAUUUCAUAUAGAUGUAUAUAGACACUAACAUUAGUAGCAAUGAAAUUGUAAUACAGCAGUGUGGACUUGCUCUCAUUGAAAUGUCCAAAUUGCUGUUUCUAACCAAAAAAAAAGAUGUAAGAAGAGAAGUAGGCAUCCCUUUCAU